AUGCCAGCAGCGAUGAAGGCUGCGAUAUCGCUGGUGGAAGCCAAGGGCGUGGUCCCGCCCCCCGGGGCCCCCCUGGGGCCCGCCAUCUUCUGCCUGGUCUUCCUGCUCAUCCAGUCCCUCCGGCAGCACGUGCCCAAGGGGCUGAAGAACCCCCCAGGACCCAGAGGCUACCCCAUCCUCGGCAACGUGCUGGAGCUGAGGAAGGACACGCACCUGGUCCUGACCAGGCUGAGCCAGAAGUAUGGGGACGUGAUGGAGAUCAGGAUCGGCACCCGGCCCGUCCUGGUGCUGAGCGGGCUGGACACCAUCAGGCAAGCAUUGGUGAAGCAAGGAGAAGACUUCAUGGGGCGCCCUGACCUCCACAGCUUCCGCCAUGUUGCGGAUGGCCAGAGCCUGGCCUUCAGCCCCGACUCAGGGGAGGUGUGGAAAGCCCGCAGAAAGCUGGCCCAGAACGCCCUGAAGACCUUCUCCAUCGCCCCCAGCCCCACCUCCUCUUCCACCUGCCUCCUGGAGGAACACGUCUCCAAGGAGGCCGACUACCUGGUCACCAAGUUCCUGCAGCUGAUGGAUGAGGAGAAGAGCUUUGACCCUUACCGGUACCUGGUGGUCUCUGUGGCCAACGUCAUCUGUGCCAUGUGCUUUGGCAAGCGUUACGACCACAACGACCAAGAGCUGCUCAAUAUAGUGAACGUAAGUGACCAGUUUGGGGACGUGGUUGCUGCUGGCAACCCCGCUGACUUCAUCCCCGUGCUCCAGUAUCUUCCCAGCCGCACCAUGAGUUUAUUUAAAGAUUUCAACAAGCGAUUCCUCCAUUUCCUGCAGAAGAUUGUCAAAGAGCACUACAAGACCUAUGACAAGAACAACAUCCGAGACAUCACUGACUCCCUCAUUGAGCAGUGCCUGGAGAAAAAAAUGGAAGCAAAUACUGCCACGCAGAUCCCUAAGGAGAAGAUCGUCAACCUUGUGAAUGACCUCUUUGGAGCAGCUUUUGACACCGUGACAACUGCCUUAUCCUGGAGCCUCAUGUAUCUCGUGACGCACCCCGACAUCCAGAAGAGGAUCCAGGAAGAACUAGACCAGACCAUCGGCCAGGAGAGGAGACCGAGGCUGUCGGACCGCGGCACGCUGCCCUACACAGAAGCUUUUAUCCUGGAGAUGUUCAGGCACUCCUCCUUCCUGCCCUUCACCAUCCCGCACAGCACGACCAGGGACACGGUGCUGAACGGCUACUACGUCCCAAAGGACCGCUGCGUGUUUGUCAAUCAGUGGCAAGUGAAUCAUGACGAGAAACUUUGGAAGGAUCCACUGACCUUCAACCCAGAGCGUUUCCUGAAUGCCGAAGGGACCGAAGUGAACAAAGUGGAUGGGGAGAAGGUGCUGGUUUUCGGCCUGGGGAAAAGGAAGUGCAUUGGGGAACCCAUUGCCAGGUGGCAGGUCUUCCUUUUCCUGUCUACCCUGCUCCAGCAGCUGGAGUUCAGUGUCUGCAAUGGCAAGAAAGUGGACAUGACGCCGCUCUAUGGACUGUCCCUGAAGCACAAAAGGUGUGAGCACUUCCAGGUCAAGCAGCGCUUCCCCGUGAAGAGCAUCAGCUGA